CAGAAGCCUCAGGGAUACAGUCUCUAAUAAAAUCCCUCUUUCUCCUUGUCCCUCCCAAAUUGCUAUUCCCCUGGAAGGUCACAGAGUUUCUUCCAGGGCGUAUAUCUAAACUAAAAGAGGAAGCAUUUAUAGAAGAAAGUUAUGUAAUAUCAUCAAAGUAUUCCAAAUUUAGGCAGAAAAGUAACAGAAGAGCAAGGAACUACUGCAGGGAUAAUAUUUUUCUUUGAUAUCAUGCAAGUGUUCAAAAAUCUAUUACCUUGAUUGAUAAGACUGAACACAUUGCUUAUGUCUUUUAUUCAUAGAGGAAACCCACCACGCCUGGGGGAGUAGGAAGAACUCCUCCAUCCUGAUCUACUUAACAGAAGUUGGUUUGCAGGAAUAUGAGGCUGCCUUCAGCAGAGCAGUCUCCCCCUUUUUAACAUAAGCCAUGUCUGGAGACAUAGUCUAUGCUGAUCUCCAGACUGUUAGGACUUCACCUUUAAAACGUUCAUCUCCAGUUCCAAGACCUGAUUCUCGCCAUCAUGGAAUUCUUCUGAAAAUUGGAUGUACAAUGAUCAUUGUCCUCCUUGCAAUAAUAAUUAUACUCAGCAUUUUUGUUAUCCAGUACAAAUGUGCAAGACAUACUGAAGUGGAUAAUGAAUCAAAAGAGGCAUACUGUGAUGGGAAAAAUAAAUCUGGAACAAUCACCUCCAUAGUUUCUUCCAACUCUUCUACUGCUCAUAAACCAUGCCCCAACAAAGACUGGAAGCUACAUGGGGGAAAAUGUUACUGGUUUGCUACCAGUAAGAAAUCUUGGGUUGAAAGUGGAAAGGACUGUGCCAUGAAGAAUUCACAGCUCAUGGUGAUUCGAGACUUCACUGAUAUGAGUUUCCUAUGGCUAUACCUAAAUCGUUCAGGCUAUUAUUGGAUUGGCUUGAGUAUUAUUCCAACCACAGAUAAACCAUGGACCUGGGUAGACAACAGCUCGUUUGACCCCCAUCUGUUCUCAAUAAAAGAAAGCACACCACAGACUCGGAGUAUGAAAUGUGCCCAGGUAUCUCGUACUAACGUAAUCGGAAAAAGAUGUGAAGACCGUGAGCAAUGGAUUUGUCAGUUGUAAUCCAUCCACUCAGCAGUAAGUCAGUCUCCAUUUCUCCGGCUGAGAAACACAUGAAGUUUGAACUCACACUAGAGGGUAGUCCAGAGUAUUACUUGUGUCCUGGAGGGCUCUGUAUGUGCAAGUAUGUGUUCAUGUAUGACUCUUGUCCCUAUAGUGUUAUUUCUCACAGGUGUGGGAAGGGUGCUGAAGAAAAAUGUUAUAUAAAAUGAGUACAUAUGCCAAAUACAUGUUUUUCAUCUGAAUUAUCAAUGCGGUUUAUUCAAUCAUUAGUCUCAUUUAGCCUGUAUUUUGGAACUUUAGCCUUUAUGUUCUCUCUACCUUCCCUCUACCAUAUCCCCAGCUAAUCUCUUACGCUCUCAGUUUCAAUGACCAUGUGUGAAGUAAUGUGUAUCAAAUUUACAUAUCAGCCCAGGGUACCAUGCCCAUAUACCAUACCACCUAUUUGACACAUCAAAAGUAAAAUCUCAAAGGCAAUUCAA